CCCCAAUACACGGAUACCAAGAAUUUCAGAGUGAUAUAUUCAGUUAUGUGGGCCUGAAAUCCGAGACAGAAGGUAAAAUUCAGGAGCAUUUCUUGCGUGGACAAUACAGGACUCAAAUUCAGCAUCCAUGGCGGGGCCGAGCUUCCACACUUUUGCCCCGCGCUGGAGAUUACAGGACCAAAGCCUGAGAACAGGCGAAUGGAGCUCACCAUCAUCUGGCCCGCGUCUGGUGAUCGAGGGUUCGAUACCGAUCGCCCUAUAAGCUGGCCGGGUCAGAAUCCCCGGCAAGACUUUUCCUACAGUUUCUCCAGCAGCCUACGGAGAGUAAAAUUGAAUUUCACAAAGCUUGCAGCGAGUGUUGCACAGAGAUGCAGAGGGACUCCGCAUAUCGAUAACUACACAAUCUCCUGGUCUCAAACUGAAGUGCCGUAUGCUAUGGGAUUUGCUGUUUCCCCGCACUGCUGUGGAACCGUUUAGCGUGUCUUAAAAGGCUGCUGUGGAUGAAUUCCGUCGUCUUCUUUCGGGUAAUAUGCAAGUCAGGGAGGUGACAAGGGCAUGCGGUAAUUUGUUGGAGAAUUGGCUGUUCUUUGCUGCGAUGCCAAAGCCACCUCCAGGGCCUUUUCCGCUGUAUGAAUGUCGACAUGUCCCAGGAGGAACGUUCAGUCGCAUCGAUUCUUUACCCAGCUUGAAUGAAGCGGCUAUUCGUGAUCACGUCGGGCAUCGGCAACGUGAUGGACGAACAAGCCCCUUUGUUUGUUUCUCCGCCAAAACUUGGGGUAUUACGCCCCGCAAUAAACACAUUCAUUAACGAAAGACACUACGAGAUCGGCAAGGCUCUUGGCCUCCUGAGAGGCUGAGCAUCAACGUGCCGCUUAUUGUGAGAGAUACAAUAGAGAGUACACCCCCUCUCUGUACCCCGUGUCUUUACUUCACGCGAGGCUUUUGACUCUGAACGUCUAUCCAACUUUUAACGAUUCCUAAAUACAAGGGUGAGCCACAUAUUGUUGAAAAUAUAAUAUAGAAUGCAUCCGGAGAUCGCAGAGUUCGUUAGUAAAGAGUUCUAUAGAGGAUUACUGAUAAACCAUGCCUGCACUCUUUCCUUAUACCCCUCUAUGAACACUUUCAUGGCAAAAGACGCAUGAUAUCAGCAUUGGGCAUUCUCACUUUCUAUCCGUGAAUGAAUCCACUCUAUGGAAAUAAAACGGUGGCUCGCCCUACAUGAAUUCAGAGUACAUUGUGGUGGCUACUGAGCUGGUCAAGGAUCUGACUAAGGCUGGAUGCCCAGAGCAUGAGGUUAUGAUUCUCUCAUAUUAUUCCAGGAGAGAAACGUCUUCAGAAAGCUUCUAUACGACAAACUAAAGCUAACACAGUUUGACAUUCUCAGCGUUGAACAAUCACAAGGGCACGAGAAGGGAGUCAUUACAUAGUCUCGACGACACGAUUAGGUCGCAAGCAUGGUCUUGAUUUCGUUUCUGAUGAAAAUAGGCUCUGCGUUGUUCUCUGUAGAGCUAAGCGCGGAUCCACCGUCAUAGGAAAUGCGAAGAUGGGAGGUGCCGCCGCUGGACGGGGAUUUGAAAUUUUGGCGACGCUUCGUCGUGCACCACCGAGUCCAUGGAUGAAUAGGUAAUGUCCAUGUUUCAAACGAAUUGUUGAGAGAUAGUAUAAACAUACCUAACAACA